AAAGAGCAAAGAGAGCGACAAAAAGAUAGGAAUCAAUGGAAAUGAAAAUAUGAAGUCUUUUACUAAUAAUUUGAAGUCUUCGCUUGUGAAAAUUCUUAUUCUUUUCCAAGGAAGGUAAAGCAGACAUAAAUAACAAAACCGCGUUUUGGUACCCCCACAGCUUUAUAUAAUGUAAAGUCCAAAGCGAGCACUGCCACUGAGGAGUGAGGAAGGGUUCUGGAAAUAACCGAGGAAGAAGCUAACAAAGUUCAUAGAUAUUUAUUUGAUUGGCAAGUGGCAACUAACAAAGUAGAUAAACAAGGAACAGCAACAGGAUUAGGAUUAUUCCAUUCAUUCAUUGUUCAAUUCAAUUUCAGUCUCCGAUGGGAAACUGCUUCUCCGACGUCCCCGGUGGCCGUGCUGCCAUCGGGGGAACUGCCCGAGGCCUCCUCAACGCCAUCGACGCUCCCAACGACGCUGUUGACAACUUCCAGUGAUCCAAUGAUGGUUCUUUAUACAAGAGGGAAACAUGGAGCACUUGAGGAAAUCGGCCGUACUGAAGUAGUUCUGAAUUCUUUGGAUCCUAAGUGGAUUACUAAACACUUAAUCAUGUAUCAUUUCGAGGUUGUUCAGUUUUUAGUGUUUCGAGUGUACGACAUUGAUACUCAGUUUCACAAUUUGGAUGUGAAGAUGCUUAAGCUAGAAGAGCAACAAUUUCUAGGUGAGGCAACUUGUGCAUUAUCGGAGAUAAUUAUAAAGUCUGAUCGAUCAUUGGCAUUAGAGCUACGUAGAGAAGAUCCUAUCAGAUCUAUGCAUUCCCAAAAUUGCGGGAAGCUCUUGGUGCAUGCAGAGGAAUGUGUUGGCUCAAAGACUACCGUAGAGAUGAUAUUUAGGUGCUCAGAUUUGGAAAAUAGGGAUCUCUUCUCAAAAAGUGAUCCCUUUUUGAUAAUAUCAAAACUUGUGGAAGGUGGUACCCAUAUUCCAAUUUGUAAAACAGAAGUUAUAAAGAAUGAUCUCAGCCCACAGUGGAAGCCAGUGUUCUUAAACAUUCAACAAGUAGGAGGCAAGGACAAUCCUUUGAUACUAGAGUGUUAUAACUUCAAUACCAAUGGCAAACAUGAUUUGAUAGGAAAAGUGCAAAAGUCUUUGGCAGAGUUGGAGAAGCUUCAUGCUAGUGGUCAAGGGGAAACUUUAUUUUUGCCUACUGGUGGUGGUCAUAAUUCUCAUAACAAGGUAUUAAAGAGCCGGGUAUAUCUGGACAAAUUUUCUGAAAGUGUCCAAUAUAGUUUCCUUGAUUACUUGUCUGCGGGUUUUGAAUUGAACUUCAUGGUGGCCAUUGAUUUUACAGCUUCAAAUGGGAAUCCACGCCUUCCAGAUUCUUUGCAUUAUAUUGAUCCUUCAGGACGGCCAAAUGCAUACCAGAAGGCAAUUGUUGAGGUUGGAGAGGUGCUACAGUUUUAUGAUUCAGACAAACGAUUUCCUACAUGGGGAUUUGGUGCCCGACCAAUUGAUGGUCCUGUUUCCCAUUGUUUUAACCUCAAUGGAAGCAGUCACUAUUGUGAGGUGGAAGGGAUCCAAGGAAUUAUGAUGGCAUACACAAGUGCCCUGCUUAAUGUUUCUCUUGCGGGACCAACUCUUUUUGGACCUGUCAUAAGCAAUGCUGCACUUAUUGCCAGCCAAUCUGUAGCAACUGGUGCAAGAAAGUAUUUUGUUUUGUUGAUAAUCACAGAUGGAGUGGUGACAGAUCUCCAAGAAACAAAAGAUGCCCUUGUUAAAGCCUCUGACCUACCAUUAUCAAUCCUUAUCGUUGGAGUUGGAGGAGCUGAUUUCAAAGAAAUGGAGAUUUUAGAUGCUGACAAGGGAGAGAGACUCGAAAGUUCAUUCGGACGUGUUGCUUCACGUGAUAUAGUCCAGUUUGUUCCAUUUCGAGAUGUUCAAAGUGGAGAAAUUUCAGUAGUUCAAGCACUUCUAGCAGAAUUACCUACUCAAUUUUUAUCGUACAUGAGAAACAGGAAUAUCCAACCGACUCUCUAAGGCAUGUAAAGGGGAACCAUUUUCAAACUACAUAGUAAAACGUUCUAUCCAUUGAUCGUUGUGCCAUUUCAAGGCCCUCACAGUAUAUUAAAUUGAAAUUUGGCUAAAGGGUGCAAACUCGCGCUUUGUGCUGAAUGCUCAUUUAAUUGAAGGUCAAGAAGGGUUUGCUAGCCAACUGCAUUUAUCUAAGAUUGGUAUCUGUCUGAGCGAGCUUUAUGGGUAGGAUUUCCUUUCCUUCUUGUACUCAUGCUUUGUGGGUUUUGUGGCAGGUUCGUUCAGAACUACAAAUUGGAGUUUGUUAUCUUCAAGCUCUGGGGAAAAUUUUAGUCGUUCAGUGAACGUUGAAAUCCAAUAAGUGAAAAUAUUUGUGAAUUGAUACUUUGAUGCAA